AAUUGACUUGGAGCGAUGAACAAUAAUGACAAACUCUGUUACCCAGGCAGCUCCGUUGUGGACUUUGAUCGUAGUUUGCCGUUAUCCACCACGUUUUCUAAAACUUUGGAGCUUCAAACUGCCGUUCAAAACUAUAAAGGAAUCGAACUGGAGGAUUAUGUUAGAGAACAAGUUUUGAGGUUCGUGAUCCAGUUGAACGUCCUCGCAUGUUAUCUAGGAGAAGUUUGUUCUUAUAGCUCUUGUCCACAGAUGACCGCAACCAAAGAUGUUUUAUAUUUAUGCGCAGCCCAUGAAGUAGCGCAGGAGUGUUGUGCAAUUGAUUACAUUUCUCAUUGUUUGGAUGGUGCCACAAGCCUAUUGACUUCGGAAGACGUCAUAUCCCAUAACAACUCGGGGAAAGUUCAAGAAGUUAACUUGCAGCCUUUUCGUGUUAUUAUGCGUCGUCUCUAUCGUUUGUUUGCGCACGCAUAUUUCCAUCACAUAGACACUUUUCAAAGAUUUGAACAACAAACAGAAUUAUUUCACCAUUUUUGUUCUUUUGCAACCGCUUUCAACUUGAUAUCCCCAUCGGAUAUGUUAGUUCCUGUUGACUUUGCUAGUGUAAAAGGAAGUUUAUUAGAAGGUGGACAAAUUUAGAGAUUUUAUGAAUGUGGAAACUGAUGUAUUCUUGUGUCAUAUUUAAUUUCAGCACUUUUUCGGAAGUGAUACCGAAGAUGAUUUCUUCUUUAAAGAAUUUCGGUGUAUUCGAUUCUUGUUGUUCAAAGUUUGAAAAAGCAAGAAGCAAAUUGAAAUCCUAUAAAUAGCAUUUUUCCGUC